CAGUAGAUGCCGAACCGUGUUGGAUGACGGACGUCGGGUGCAACGCUGAGUCUUACCAUUUUCCUAUUUUUUUUACGGCCUAAGCGACUGUAAAACAGCAUCGAGGACACUCGUCGAGACGCUGGGGUGUCCCUCGAACGAAACGGGACACAGUACCGCGCGCGCGGGGACACCGUCGUGUGCCGAAACGACUCUCGCAACGUUGCAUUGAGAAAACUAGAGAGACGCGAAGAGCCUGAAACUCGAACGCGGGAACGGACAUCCCAGUGAGCUGAAUCUCGAGUGUCGGAAAUACACGGGGAGAAACUCGUGUUGUUUCUUUUUCUACGUUCCCGUCGUCGUUCCAUACAAAUGCCGCGCGUUUGCGGCAUCGAAACCUGAACUCGCUUGGAAGCUACACCGGGUAUCCUUGCUUGGAACGGCACGGAAGUGCGUCCGACGUCCCGAUCGACAGGAUGUCAAAGAAGAUUUUACGUCGAUGAAGGUGCGAUACGGACUUUUGCUUUCGGGAGUCUUAAAGUACGCGAGCAUCUCGAGGACAAUUUGUUGAAUCGCGAAACGCCUCUGUUAAAGAAGCGAACUGUCGUCCUUCCGGUUGCGCUCUUCUUGCGCGCGGCAAGAUCGAUGCGAUCGUAAACGGCACUUUUACCGUUUAUGGCCCGAUCAUAUCGCUCAGCAUCCGUAUACCACGUUGAUCCGCUGAGUUGACAAUUGUAGUAAGUAGUAGUAGUAGGCGGAUGUACCUUGGCAUCGCUCGUGCCGCGUCGCCGUAAGUAAUACAAUCGCGCACAAAGCGGGGUGAUCGAAUGCCGCGCCGGCAAUCGCCAAUCGCGUUCGCUCGCACAUCGCGCAUAUUGUUUCAUUAAUCUGCCUUUUUUUGCGACCGUGACUGUAUUUUCAGAGGAGUGGGUUUUAUUCGCUUGAGACGGCUGUUAAACGCUCGUGCUGUCCACGCGCGCUCGAUAUAAUUAUACCAUUAAUCUUUAAUCACAAAUUUUGCGUUUCGCAUGCAUGGUUGAUAUCGAUUGAUCUAAUAUUAAAAAUUGAAAUUGGAGAUUCGCUUAACACCGGACAUAGCAAGAAUUUUCAGGCGCGCUCUGUUUAGCAUGCGGGCCGAAACUUUCAUACGUCAAAAUCAGCAUUGAAUGAUUCGUUCGUUCUUUGUGUAUCAAGAAUUUCGCAAACCAUUUAGCUGAAGCAAAUUAUACAUAUUAUCAUAGAAAUGAUAAAUAUUUAUAAUAUCUGCUAUUUAUUAAAAACUAAAACAACAGAUUUAUAAACGACUUGACGCUUUCAAAAACAUCUUGAUCUUUUCAUUCUUGCAUUGUAUAAUUCAAGAAUAGAAUCGACUCCGAUAUCGGUAAAAUCAAAUGAAAAAAGUCAGACUCGUCCGACUCCUCAUGUUCGGAAUUCUAAGGAAAGAGUACGUCGGAGAAAGACAUUUCGCAUUUUAUGGUCGUUUAGAAAAAAGCAAACUCGGAUCAGUAAUAAAUGGAUGCACAAUGGUUCCAUAAUUUACGAUCCUCGUUGGAACGAGUGCACUUUGACGCUCGAUUGGACAAUUUACGCACUCGGUAUCUCGUCUAUGCAAUCCCAUGUGUUUAUUUAGCGAAUCCUAUACAUAGUCAAAGCUAGUUUCACGCUGCUUCGUGCCCUUGUUCCCCCGUCGUUCAUUCCCUGACAGACCUGGGGUUCACCCGAUUCUACCCUAAUUUAAUUCGCCCUACGAGCUCAUCCCCCGUUUUACAACGUGCCACGACAGAGAUCAUUGAAAAUUCGUAUGCUCGCUGUCACUCGCUCUUCUCGUCGAGUUUGUCGAGGCCAAGAGCUAUGCAUUUAUUGAAUCGAUAGUAACGAAAUAACGGAUCAAUACCCACAUUGCCUUUAUCAAAUCCGAGCUGCGAUUCUGGUCGACAUCAAACGUACCAUAUGUACGAUAACGUCUGACAUAACGUACGCAUAUGUGCACAGUGAUAAAUAAAAUAAAAAUACUUUUAUGAGUACAUUACCGAUAGCGAAUUCGCGUUCACGCUACUAGCAUUACAAUUCUACAAAAAAAAACUCAUAUACUAAUGCUGAUUGAUCAUGCAAUGCCUCACGAUUUUCUUGCAACUUUUUUCAGUUACUACUCCAUUGCUUUAUUAUUUACAUUUAAUGCACGUCUUCGUGGAUGGUAAGAGAGAUAUAAAUUGUUUCUGAAUUAUAAAAAAUCAAAAGAAAUCCUCUGUGUAGAUUAAAUUCUUGAUUUUUAAUUUAUCUAUCGAAAUGUCCAAUUUUGUGCGAGUUAUGUAAUGUUUAUUACGCUUAUGAAUGGCGUUCAAGCAUAUCCAUUCUUCCGCUAUUUCACUAUAUAAUCGCUAUUCGACAGUUUCUAUAAUUACGCGAUAACGAGAUCAUAAAAUCAGAUCCAGCUGCGCUAUAUACAGUUUACAAUGUAGAGCAUUGUAAUCUGACUAAGCUACGUCGUAUAAACAAACCUUUAAAGCUCGUAGUACUCUGAGAUAAAACGCUUACUACUCCAAAUACAAGAGAAGAUUGGGAAACGCACUCUCAUGUAAAGUUCCUUCUGUUUAAGAUAGAUCCAAAGUAUUUACACGAUUUAGCAUAUUCAAUGUAUAUUAUGUAUGUAUUAUGUAUAUAUAAAUAUACAUAAUAUAUUAAAAAACAUAAAAAUUACCAAAUUUUUCACAUUUAUUAGUAAUUAUUAAACGUUUGGAAAUCAUUGUAUUCCAUAUCAAAAUUACAAAUAUUUUAAUAAAAAAGUUCAAAGAUGUUCAAAGAAUGUUCCCUUUAGGACGAAAGUAAGUAAUUCUUAGAUCAAGUUUUAAUUAAAAUCCAUCUAAAAUAGUUGAAGUUGAGAUACUAAAUUUAUUGUAACACAUAAUCUUUGAGAGUCUUAAUUAAUUAAAUCACUGAAUUGUCAUUGUUAUGUACUUGGAAAUUAGAUUUCUUGUUACACUUCCAUCAACAAUCGUUAGUGAAGAAAUCCAAUACUUUACGAGAACGUGCAAUUUAGGAGAUAAGGACACUUUAACUUGAGAUCUGCAUGUAGAACGUGACAUUAUUCUGAAGCAGCCGAUAACUCUUGAUCCCCUUGGCAUUACGUCGCAUUUACGUUCAAACCUGCAUGAUGCCAAUAUUACAUGUUCGUGACACCUCGGAAUUUAGUAAUUAACGACAUAAUUGCGUAAGUGAUCUUAAGCAAUUAAUUGCGUCACACUUCACAUCACGCUAUAUUAAGGAAACGUGAUUAGACAUGACUCCCGUCAUACCUAAAACUGCAUCAACUGCCGAAGAUUCCUGAAGAUGUAACUGCCAAUUCGCACGAAAGCACGGGAAAAAGCGGGAAAAAGUGGGAAAAAAUAUCAAUAAAUCUGUCGCGGAGAAAAAUUGCGAAACAAUUGUCGCGCAACACGUUCGAAGACCGUCACCUUAAAGUCGAUAGUCCACGAAGGAAUAAUGCGAUCGCGCAAAGAAGAUUACCUAGAACGAAUUGCGGUGUACGUGCGAAGUGCCUUAAAAGACGAAAAAGAGGAAGAAGACGAAAAAGACGAACGGGAAGAUGCUUUCGUCGUCCCUGUCUAAUUUUCGCAGCUCGACUUGCCGUUCUCCGCGUUGCAGCAACCCUCGUCGACCCCGAUAACGUUAUUUACGUGUUAUUUACGCUGCGCUUUUCAACGAACUAACGAUCUUUGUUUCGUGUACAUUAGCCGGACUUUCUUUGUCACAGUUUAUUUCAAGAACAAGAACUGACUUAUCGAAUGCCCGGGGAACUCUGAUAGACGCCCAUUUCCCUGCGAUACGAUCGCGGAAACAAAAUGCGUCUUCUGUAGUCGUUAAGCGAGAUUAAACGACGUCCCUCGGCUAGCUGGAACAGCAAUUAAUCGAUCGAUGAAGUCAGACGUCUUUGCUGGAAUUAGGAUUAGGUAUUCACUAUCUUGCAAUGGGACGUUACCAAUAGCGCUCAAUAUUUUAGCAGUUCUAGAAGCUAUUAUCACAAAUUAUUGUUCCCCAUUUAAAGACCUUUCGUACUACUGCACGUAUCGUAGAAAGAACACGUUGCUAAUAUACAUAAUAUACUAUACCUUGCCGAAAUGAUAAAAGUGCAAAGCGAAUUCCAUGUACUGCGUUACGGCAGUCCGUGUGUCCGUUGUAACCGCUGGAACGAUUGCCGUUACAUCAUUAACGAGAAGAUAUCGAUCGGCUGUGCUACGCUUCCAGUUGCAUCCAGUUUUACCACAUGAGUGUCCAGGACGUUCCUAUUUCCUGCCACGCGAAGAUCACUGACGUUUCCCCAUAUUUUGCUGAUCCAACAAAUUCUUUCGUGCACGAAGGACACUGAAAAACCAGCGAAACAAGCCAUUGUCGAGCCAUGCCCCGUGGAAACAGCGGAGGACGAUUCUCGUGAAAAUGCGGUAUCGCGCCGUCUGAAAGACUUCGAUCAAAAGCCGCGUCACGUGUGGGGUGGUGCAUGUGAACGAAAUUGAGAGUAGUGUGCGUGAUCGUGUAUCGCCUAUUGGGCCUCUGUGGCCACGCUGAAACGAGAAGGGACGAAGAGAUGGCGGAAAAGGGCAGCCAUGUCGCACCGGAAGCUACCGUGACUCGGUCCGAGGACGAGGAGCAACGGGGACUGCUGCAUCCCAGCACGAUGGAACACAGGAACGUCACUGCGGAGAAUUGCGACACGAAAGACGAGAAAACAACGAACGGAGAGCAGGAGGCGGAGGAUUAUUGCGAGGAGACUAAAAUGGACCAAGCACAAAGAUUGCAAGCACAAACGCAGCCGCAGGCACAGCAGGCCGACACGCAAACCGACAGAAAAAUCGAUACGAGUCCGGACCACAUAUCGGAUUCUGCGUUCAGCAGUCAAAGGGUGUACAAGAAAUCCUCACCGAAUAAUAAACUGACGCUCUAUCUAGCCAGCAGGGAUCUUAUUGUCAGCGAAGCCAAGAUUGAUAAACUCCAGGGUGUCCUCUUAGUGGAGCCAGAAUAUUUACAGGAAAAAAGGGUAUACGGUCAAGUGACAUUGACUUUCCGCUACGGAAGGGAGGACGAAGAGGUAAUGGGCCUAAAAUUUUGCAAUGAAGCGGUUAUGUGUUUGGCCCAGUUGUACCCGCCCUACGCAGGAUCUGAUCAUCAGGAAAUCACGACUCCGCUGCAGGAGGCACUUGUCAAGAGAUUAGGACCCAACGCGCAUGCAUUCACAAUGGAAAUUACUCCACUGGCCCCGCCGUCCGUGCAGCUGGUACCAGCUAAAGAAUAUAAUGGUGCACCCAUAGGUACUAGCUACGAUGUCAGAGCUUACGUUGCGGAACGGGCAGAUGAAAGACUGCACCGUAAAACCACCGUCAGAAUGGGCAUUCGGGUGAUCCAGCGAACCACGAAGCCGCCUUUACCCUCAGCAACGAUGUACAGCGUGCCUCCCUCUCAAGUGCCAUCGAUUGCUUCCAGAAUUCAAGCAUGCAGAGCAAGAGUGGAGUUUGCCGAAAAUGAGAUUAUUGAAAAUGACGAGAAUACGGGACCACACGCAGCAGUAGAAAAGCCAUUUUUAUUAAGUGACGGUCGUGUUGGACUGGACGCAGGGCUAGAUCGCGCGAUCUACGCCCACGGGGAUUCGAUCAAUGUCCACGUCAAUGUUAAUAAUAAUAGCAGCAAGUCCGUAAGAAGAAUAAAGGUAUUUGUGGUGCAACACGUGGACGUUUGCAUGUUCAGCAACGGCAAAUUCAAAAAUGUCGUAGCCCUUGUAUCCUCGCAAGAAGGCUGCCCCUUGGGACCAGGCGGUACUUUGAAGAAGAUAUAUACGCUCAGGCCUAUUAAGGGCUCGACCAAGAAUUGGAUCGCCUUAGAGGACAGUUAUAUGAAAGCCGGAGCAACUCUGGCAUCAACGGUCGUUUGCCCUGGGAAUGGACCUGAUGAUAGAAAUGUCUUUGCGAUUUAUGUGUCUUAUUACGUAAAGGUCAAGCUGUUGAUCUCGGCGAUGGGCGGCGAAGUGUCUUUGAAGCUGCCGUUUGCGCUGAUGCACAGUAAUACAGAUCCGGAUCUCGUAGGAUUUCCAUCUCCUAUCCGAGAACCACCAAAGCAAUUUGGGAAGAGCACGGAUGAGUGCACAGAGAAAUCAGGUAAAUCGGAUACCAAUAGUCACAGGAAUAAGGAAAACAAAUUAGAGGCCAUCAAAGAGCAGGAGUCGAGAGUAACCGACGUAGACCUGAUAGAGCACUGUGAAGAACCUGACAGUACCUGAGAGCAGGUGCAACAAGGCGACGAGACGUCGCAGACAUCUGUCAAGAAAAAUAACGAUACGAAGAACAUUAAGAAUUCGAAUCACAAAGCGUGUCGACUCAGUGUUAGCAUUCAAAGAGCAUGGUGCUGCUUCAGAAGAGCUUCUUAGUAAACAAAACGAGUGGAGAUCUCUCGCUGUCAAAGUACUACCGAUUACGCUCCCUUAUAAAUUAUAUUGCAAAUAAAUAUGGAUAUCUUGCAAAAAGUGCACGGAUAUCGAUGGAAUUAAAAAAAUGAACAACGCAUAGUGAAUCUUGUCAAUUCUUAGCUGAACUGGUGGUAAAACGCUGCAAACAUGGAGAUUUCAUACGCUUUGCGGAGGAAGGAAAAUACAAAAUUCAGAAAUGAUCAAUUAUUUAAUUUUCCAGAACAACUUAUUGUCUCUCGUUAAAAGAAUUAAUAGAAACGGCAAUGUCGUGAUCGUACGAUUACGUAGUUAAAAAUAAACAUAUUUCGUGAAAUAUCAAACAUCGAACAAGUUACGCGCCGUUUAUUUCGUAUUGUCGCGCAAAUUGUAACAGGGUUCGAUUGCUCUUGAUAAAAGAAGGACACUUAUAUGGAUGUCGUCGUUGUAAUUAAGUGUAUGAAGCUGCACGCUAUUAACGUAUCAUAUGGAAGUUAUAUCAGCGUGAGAAAAGGUGCAAUUAAAGAGAUAUAAUUUAUUAAAAAUCAAGUUCAAAAACUUUUCGAUUUAAUUUUAUUUUAAGCAAAAACAGGAAAUAUCCCAGGAAGUAUAUAUUCCUGUAAUAUUCUUUUCACAGGUGGUUGUUAUAAAGAUGAUGUAUGUAAGAUAUUCUUAUAAUCUACGAAAAACAUAGUCGCUGAUGAUCUAAAGCUUCAUGAAUGUAAAUUGCUUGGAAUUUUUUGCGUCGUAUCUUCCUAUUCAAUUAAUACAUGAAAAAUCUUCUACUGCCACUUUAAUCAUCCAUAAUCAGAUUUUGCAUACAUUAAUUUCGGGAACAUAUAGAAUACCGCGAAAACAUACGUGUUCACUUUUAUUUACGAACUAUCUAUCAAAAAUUUAUUAAAAACUGUCUAUAUAAAAUAAUAUAUACGAUAUUAAAAAUAUCAGAUAUAUUUUUCCAAAAGGGUGUCGAUACCUAUUUUUUAUUAUAACAACAACAACAAAUAACAAUCAAAUGUACAGGUUACCUCUUCUACCUCUCUAUUGUUAGAAAUAUGUCAAAUAUAUCACUAACAUUUUAUUUAACGUUACUGUGCAACACUUUAUAUUGUUAUAUUUUUUACUUACAAAUAAAUAGUUUAUAUCUAUUGAUUUAAUAAAACGUGACGAAGCAGCACAACAAAUAGAAAUAAUAAUUUUCAAAUAUGAGAUGUGUUAACACCCAUAUCAUAUAAUACUUCUAUCGCUUCUCCAUGCACAAUAAAAAUAUGUAAAGAUGUACAGAUUGUGUCUUUAGUAUUGUAAAUAAUAAAUGCGUAAAUACAAAAAUUCAUGUAGCAAAGUA